CUCUCACAAGUUAGUUAAUUACGGGUUUCCUUGAUUCAUCCGAUCCGACGAGCAAGAUCGGAUUCAUUUUCUGCUACAAUUGUCAGUGAAGAAAGGAGAUCUACCGAUUCUUCUUAGAUUACAUUUCCAUGGAUUGAUAGAAGAAGAAGGAAUCGGAUUAAUCCGAAUCAAUGAUUUGAGCACGCACCACAUUCGAUGGACAAACACAUUCGUGUUCUUCUCAACCGUAUAUCCUGCGGAUCCGUAACCAUCGCCACCAUCAUCUUAAUCCUUCUAUUCAUUCACUCCCCCGAAACCUGCCUCCCUCACGGUUCCGAUCAAAAAUUCCCCAAAUCCACCUGCGAUUUCACAACCAGACAGAUUACUUCAAUCGACAAGAAGAACAAGCGUCUAUGGUCCACCAACGACUGGAACAACAAGGUCCAAUCAUUCGCUACCUUCUUUAUCGAAAUCCGAAACCUAAAUUACCUCGGAAAUCACAGCCAUGUCCUCUGCGUUUCCGCCGGCGCCGGCCACGAGGUCAUGGCAUUGAAGCAGAUAGGCGUCGAGGAGGUUACUGGUGUCGAGCUUGUGGACUCGCCGCCGCUCGUCAGCCGCGCCGAUCCUCAUCAUCUACCGUUCUUCGACGGGGUAUUCGAUCUGAGUUUCAGCGGUCAUUUGAAGGAGGCUCUGUUUCCGUUUCGAUUUGCAGCGGAGAUGGAACGAACGUUGAAGGUGGGCGGAUUGUGUGUUUUGGCUUUGGAUGAAUGUGGGAAUGCAGAGGUGGAAGGGAUUGGUAAGUUGUUCAAGAAAUCGAGGUUAGUUAGUGCCAAGAAUGUUACAUUGAUUAGGUUGAGAAUGACUAGAAUCAUAUUCGAAGUUACUUCUGCUUAAACUUGAUUAUUUGAUAUAUUCCUCCUUUCAUUCAUUCAUUUGAUUGAUUAACUUGUUGAUUCUUAUGAAUUCUGAUGAUUAUGAUUAGCACUCCAAAUUGUUGAAAUAUGAACUAUUAGAAAUUGUGCUUGCCUGCUUACAGUCCUUCCAUUGUUGAUAUUAAUGUAUAUUUGGUCAAGUUCUUGAA